AUGGCGCGCGUCUACGCCGACGUCAACCAGAACAUGCCCCGCAGCUACUGGGACUACGACAGCGUCAACAUCAGCUGGGGGGUUCUCGAGAACUACGAGGUCGUUCGCAAGAUCGGCCGUGGUAAAUACUCCGAGGUUUUCGAGGGCAUCAACGUUGUCAACUAUCAGAAGUGUGUCAUCAAGGUGCUCAAGCCCGUCAAGAAGAAGAAGAUCAAGCGAGAGAUCAAGAUCCUGCAGAACUUGGCCGGCGGGCCCAACGUUGUUGCGCUGCUUGACGUCGUUAGAGAUUCACAGAGCAAGACGCCCUCCCUCAUCUUCGAGUACGUUAACAACACCGACUUUCGAAGCCUGUACCCCAAGUUCAACGACCUGGAUGUGCGAUUCUACAUUCUCGAGCUGCUCAAGGCUCUGGACUACUGCCACAGCAAGGGAAUCAUGCACCGAGAUGUCAAGCCUCAUAACGUUAUGAUCGACCAUGAGAACAGAAAGCUUCGUCUGAUCGACUGGGGUCUGGCUGAGUUCUACCACCCGGGCACUGAGUACAACGUCCGCGUGGCUUCCCGUUACUUCAAGGGCCCCGAACUGCUCGUCGACUUCCAGGAAUACGACUACAGCCUCGACAUGUGGAGUCUCGGCGCCAUGUUCGCCUCCAUGAUCUUUAGGAAGGAGCCGUUCUUCCACGGCAACAGUAACUCUGAUCAGCUGGUCAAGAUCGCCAAGGUUCUCGGCACGGAUGACCUCUUCGACUACCUCGACAAGUACGAGAUCGAGCUGGACCAGCAGUACGACGAUAUUCUGGGACGCUUCCAGAAGAAACCCUGGCACAGCUUUGUCACGUCCGAGAACCAGCGCUUUGUCUCUAAUGAAGCCAUCGAUUUCCUCGACAAGCUGCUGCGCUACGAUCAUCAGGAGCGUCUCACGGCAAAGGAGGCCCAGGCCCAUCCUUACUUCAACCCCGUCCGGGAUCCCGAAGUUUUCAAGCAGAACUUGAUCGGUGCCAACGGAGGUCCUUACAAGUCCUCAUGA